AUUCAAAACCAAUUAGCUGACGCUGCUUGCCAUGACAAUGAGGAUUUCCAUCUGAUUCCGUAAUGGCCAAACUCAUUUGGUCUCCACUGAUGCCUGACCGCCUAAUACACCUAUAAUAUGACUAAUGGUUAAUUGAAUAAAAUUGCCAGUUUAUAAUUGAACGAAGAUGGGAACAGAGUUAAUCCUACGAUUUCUUGCAUUGGCACUUACGCUAAUACUAAGCCAUCCUGUGGCUCAUGGCUGGCGCUCCUUCAAGAUUGUAUUUGUGCGCUUCGACUACGAAUUCAAUGCCAAGCUGGUGGAUGUGAAAAUAGAGUUGCAAAACAGUAGCAAAAGUGCGCUUACUGUCGUUGUCAACACCUUGGAGACAAUCAACGGUGUGGACGUAACGGGCAGUGUUUUCUUGGAGACGGAGCCGGGCAACUAUACUAGCUUCAUCAGCAGGACUGUGGACCUGUGCAAGAUGUUGAAGGACCGCAAUGUGGAUCCCCUGUCACGGUCCAUAUACCAAGACUUGCAGCGAUAUGGAAAGCUUUUCAAGGAAUGUCCCAUACAGAAGGGCACCUAUACGCUGCAGGACUAUGUUGUGGACGAGGAGCUGCUGCCCAGCUUUCUGCCAGAGACCAACUUCAAAUUCAGCUUACGUCUAUCGAAACCCAAGAAUCAGAUGAUAUUCAAGGGCUCGUUCUACGGACGCAUCGACAAAUCGAAGGGCUUCAACAAUCUUAAGCUUUUUAGUAUGGGCUAAGAGAGACAUACAUAUGAUUGAGCGCAAGGGAGACAGUGAGUGAGAGAGAGAAAAGGGUAUGUGUGGGUGCGCUCUUAUGUGCUAAACGCUCAAUAAAGGUGUCU